AAGAGAAUUACCUCAUGGUUUGAGGAACUAAUAUUUCUUACAUGUUGAUACUUUCACAGUCUAAACUCUAGAUGUCUGACAGGCAGACACGGCAACACUAAAAGAAGAUACGCAAAUCAAAAGAAAAUCAAGAUCUACCAUGAUGGACAAGGAUAACUUUGAAAGGAUUCUGGAUGUACAGCACUCCUUUGGCCCAUCCGGGAAGCCCCUGACAAACCCGGGUCGAGUUCUGGUUGGAGAGGGCAGGCUGAUGAAGCUGUGUCGCCACCGGACGAAAGCCAGAGUCUUCUUCCUGUUCAACGAUUUGCUAGUGUACGGCAGCAUCAUACUAAACGGCCGCUGGAACAAGAAGCAGAAGAUCAUCCCCCUCGAGGACAUUGAACUGGAGGAUCUGGAGGACGGGCUGAACAUGAAAAACCAGUGGCUGAUCAAGACGCCCCGCAAGUCCUUCUUCGUGUCGGCCACCUCCUCUGAGGAGAAGCGGGCCUGGAUGGAGCACAUCGAGGACUGCCGGACCAAGUGGCUGCAGAAGGCUGGCCGCAAACCCAGCAACGCCUUCGCCAUCACUUGGAUCCCCGACCGGGCGUCCGCCAUCUGCAUGCGCUGCUUUGGCAAGUUUAAUAUCACUCACAGGCGGCACCACUGCCGUUCCUGUGGCUUCAUCGUGUGCAACCCCUGCUCCAAGGCCCGGGCCGUGCUGCCACACAUCUCCUCCAAGCCCGUCAGAAUCUGCAAGCGGUGUACCCUCAGUCUCCAGGACCAGGGGGUCGAGGAACAGCUGCGACCGAGGGGUGACAGUGACGGGACGAACUGCGGCUCUGACGUAGACGAUCAGCGUGCUCCGGAGUAUGAGCCCUCCAGCGAUGAGGAGGAAAGGAUGGAAGAUCGUGCCUCCAGUAACUGGGUAGUCUCUCAGCUCCACUCCACUUCAACAUAUGUUUUUCUGAACCCUGAUCAUGAGAGACCAGCAAUGAUGUGACUAUGUGCAUGACUGAACUUAAUAACGUGGUGAACAAAAGUGCCCUACCAGAGAUUUGUAUAUAUUAUUUUUUUAUAUCGUUAGAAAACAUCUUAAGAUCAAAGGUGGUGAAGAUGUACCGAAGAAACCUGUAUAUUUUGAUUGUUUACAUUAUAUCAAACUCUAUCUUCAGUCAUAGCUUAUGGUUGAUGUUACUGUUAUGAGAACUAUUCUAGAUUGAAGUACCUCAUUUACAAUGCUCUUGAUAAUUAUGAAACCCCCUGUUUAUAGUGUAUCAUAAGUUUUUGUUUACAUUUUAAGUUUCAAUUUGUUUUACCCAUGAUGGUAUUUAUGGGUUUUAAAAUCCUAGUUGCUGUCAGUCUGUCUUUUUCUAUGUAAUAUUAACAGUAGGUGACAACUAUGAUGAUAACUGUAUUACUGUAGAUGUCCUUAUUGAUCAAAUGCACUUUGUUAUAGUAGCAACAUAUUAAAAUACAAUGAAAAUUUGUAUUUUCCUAUUUAUCAUCCAUUUGGACAAAAUAGUGCAGUGCCCCUGUCUGUGUCUGUAAUGCAGCUGGUGAUCAAAACACCUCAGUUCUCGAGAUAAUUAUGCUACACGCACACACACACACACACACAUGACAGACUCCUGGAAUUAUAACUAAAUGAUAACCUUUGUCUUAAAGUAUCUCAGACAAUGUUAGCAAUCAAACAGUCCAGUUCUCCUGUAAGACACAUGAAUUAUGAUAUCUUAAGUAUGUUUCAUCAAUCAGUCAUCUCUUAGGAAAAUUAUCUGAUCUAACAUGCCCCCCGUUUCAGUCUACUAUUGGUCCUUGCAUUUGGAAACUUUAUGUUUUUGCCAACACAUUUUUGGCUCUCCAAUGACGUUUCCAAAAACCAGAUGAGCAGUGUCAUUCCACUACAUUCCACUACCCUUCCACUACCCUUGGUAAAUGCAUUAGAAGAACAUAUGUGUUUUCAGUAGUUGAUAGGUUUUUGCCAUAUGGUGAAUAGCCCAUUUCCAGCCUGCAGAGGAUGUGCGGUUGUUAGGUUAGAUCUUGGAGAAACGUAAUGUUUUUGGUUGGAUCAAAUGUGCUUGGUGAACCAACAUAAGGUCAGCUCGAGACUUAAUGUUAUUACAAGCUCUUUGUUGAGUUUGAAUAAGGCCUGUGACAGUUGUGACAUAGUAUAAUCUAAUAAAAAAUCUACAGAACCUGUUUGACUGUCAAGAUGUGUGCUCGUAAGAAAAUAGCAGCUA